GUUGUUACUGCAAUAGAAAAACAGCGGGAUAAAGCUGACACGAAGAAGACAGAGAAAAUAAUGUAAAAAGGGGCAGAAAGAUAUUGAUAUAUUGUCCGUGGUGCUAAAACAGAUGAAGUAACGUUUUUUCUGUGGGGUUCAACAGACUCUUCAGUUAAUGCACUUUGAUAAUUUCACCCUGCCUUCUGCUUCUGGAAUGCCAUACAGGACAUUAGUGAUUUCUUAAGUACAACACCAAGCAUAUCCUUAAGAAGGCGCACUGAAUUUAGGAACACAGCAGCCACCGUUAGCCAAUGAGUAAGGGCUGUUCAUCAGUGGAACAAGGAUGUCAUAUCUUUUUGGAUCAACUCUAGAACAUGACGACUAUGUGAAGUUUCUCUAUUUCCUUUGUGACACAAGGAGCCAGCAAAUGUUAGGAAAUUACUUCUUGAUGUAUUGAGAUUCCUAAUAGGAGGCAAGCAAGAGUUUAUGACUCCAGCAAAGAGAAAUCAGAACUGUACUGCAUGAAGGCAUAUAGUUUGGACUUAAACCUCAGGCUAUAACAAGGAAAAGGAAGCUGUGAAGAACUGGGCUGGAUUUAUCAGUGUUGGAUGAUUAUGUCUUCAUGUUAUUUCUGCAGGGCAUAUCCCGCACACUUGUAGGGACUUAAGGUUUUCCGAAGACCCGAAUGUGGUGGUACAGGCUGGAUGUUUACCAAGUAUUAAGUCUGAUGCAAGGAGCCCUCUUGAACAUCAUCUGAUAUAAAGUUGCAAGAUAAGGACAGACCAUUGUGUGCAUUAUGUAGAUGUCUGAAAAUGCUUCCGCAACAUCCUCCAUUCCCAGAUCAUGGACAGAGGGGGGCACUUUCCACAGUGGAUCUCUGUCUUUUGGUGCUAAAAUGAUCUUUUUUUCACUGCCUGGAACAAAAGCCCAUCUCACUGGAGUGCAAACCAUAUCAGACAUAAAUAUUUCAUUCAGGACUUCUAAUCCUUUGGUAGAAGCAUAUGUAUCUCAGCACAUUCCUAAUAUAUGGUUGCUUUUUCUGCACAAUCUGCAAAUCCAGCCCCAAUACUGCACUGCUAAUGGAAGCACAAAGAACAAUGCAAUGUAGAAUAUUUUGGAGUUAAAUUAAGCAAAGUGUUUCAAUUCCCCUGAAACUUUCUUGGGAGAGAAGUACCAUGUGCAUUCAGCUCUGUACCUAACUCUGGUGUGAAUAACUGUGAAAUUUUAAUUUUGUUUUGUGCAACCAGCAAGUAGAAUCUUGCUUAUAUUGUAAGUUCUCUGUAAGUAGCAUACUGUAGUAGUUAUAGGAAAGCAGCUGUUUAGCUCACCCAUGGCUAACCUCCUGACUAGAUGUGUAUCCAUCUUCCUGGUAUGAAAGCAGGCAGUGUGAAUGUUUCCAGACUAUCUGAGAACAAUGAAGUCUUAAAUAAUUUAGUUGCCUUUUGACAACUGUAGAAAACAGCAAUCAGAACAACAUUUUAUAGGACUGGUACAAUUCUAAAAGAUUGCUUAAAUCUAAUGUCUCCAAUUUAUAUAUCAUUGUUAGUAAUAUAGGGAAUCUUAAAUAAAACUUUCUUCUUAAUACCAUUAAAAAGGGUGUUGACUGCUUAAGAUGCAGUCAGAUGAUCUUUUUAUUCGUAAAUUCCGAAGACCAUAUGUAAGGCCUGCUCUGACACCUAGUAUGUUUGAACCUAGAGGUACCAGACAGGGAGGGGAACAGGCAGGACUUAACAUCCACAGUCACAUGGUACAGCAGUGGACUCCCAAGAAAGACUGCAAUGAUGAAGUUUUUUCAAAAGUAGGAGGCCGAGACAUUUCCUACAAUAGGGGAAUGUCUGUACCUGUUGACUGUGACCGUGCCUCACCAAAGUCUGUUCUGCGAAGUUCUGGGAGAAGUUACUUCAUGCAGAGGAGUAAUAGUGAUGUCACCAUUGGGGAGGUAGAAGUGGAUGGGACUGCUUCUUCAUCUCUAGGGACCAACAGGGAGUUUGGUAGCCUUUCUUCUAUUGAAAAGCCUCCAUGUAGUCCUAGGAGCCGAACCCUCAGUAAUGAGGAAACAAGGACAACAAGCCCAGCUGCCUUAAGGUUUAAGGACCCAUUUCUUCUUCUAGGGCUUCCAGCUGAGGCACAAGACACAACCAGUGAGGUUCAGGAGCUUCCACCUGAAAGUCCUUCUGAAAAAACUCCAAAAGUACGAACAAAAAUGGAAAAAAUAGAAAAUUUAGCUGUGAAAAAGUUGAAGACACAGGAAAGUGAUCAAGAUUUAGCACAAUAUUCUGUAACUCCAGAUACUGUUGGCAGAAAUUGGGUUAAGAUUUUUGCCCAUUAUGACGUUCAGAGCAUCUUGUUUAAUUUGCAUGAAGUGGAAUCAAACAGAAACAGUAUUGGAAAGCUAAAGAAUAUUGCAACUGGGGCAUCUGCUGCAUCACAAAAUCGAUCUCACUCUCCUAGCUUUGGGAGCUCAGACUCUCCCGUGGGAAGUACUGAGGACCUUCAUGCCAAGGAAAACAUGGUUUUGGAUGAGGGAGAUGGAAAGGACAAUGAGCUGGUUCUAAGCUGCCAUCACUUCAGGAAUGAGAUCGGUGGAGAGAAGGAGAGAUGCCUGUCUCAGUUUGAAUCUGUGAAUGACCCUGAGAUGAAUUCAUUUGAGCCUGGGCUGGUGUGCCAGUGCCCAAAUGCUGCCAUUUCAGUUUUGGAAGCACCGCGGGAGAGUCAGAUAGAGAAACAUGGCAAAGCAAAUUAUUUUAUUGAAUAUGCUGACCUGGGAGCCACUUACUAUCAAAAGUAUCUCUACAAGAAAGAGCAUCAGAAUUUCUUUGGAAUUGAUGACCGCUUUGGACCUGUGGCAAUCAGCAUCCGUCGGGAAGAAAAGGAAGGAGCAGGCAUUUCACAGUACAUUCACCGACUCAUAUUCCGUACUACUGAGUUAAAGACUCUGAGAGGUUCCAUUCCAGAAGAAGCACUUCCUUCAGCAGCCCGUCAUGCAACACCUCGGGGAGUGUCACCAAAGAAACUUCUGGAGCAUGUAAUCCCAGAACUCAAUGUCCACUGCCUCCGCUUAGCCUCUAAUUCUCCCAAGGUGCCAGAAACUCUCCGCAAGUUGGAUGAACAAGGGUUGAAUUUCCAGAGGAAGAUUGGGAUCAUGUACUGCAAGGCAGGACAAAGCACGGAGGAGGAAAUGUACAACAAUGAGAAUGCAGAUCCCCCCUUCCAGGAGUUUAUGGAUCUGAUAGGGGAAAAGGUGCGGCUAAAAGGGUUUGAGAAGUACCGAGCUCAGCUGGAUAAUAAAACGGACUCCACUGGAACUCACUCACUCUACACAACCUACCAGGAUUAUGAAAUAAUGUUUCACGUGUCAACAAUGCUUCCAUACACCUCCAGUAACAGGCAACAGUUACUCAGGAAACGGCACAUUGGUAAUGACAUUGUGACAAUAGUCUUCCAGGAGCCUGGAGCUCUGCCAUUUACAGCAAAAACAAUUCGAUCUCAGUUCCAGCACGUGUUUAUCAUUGUUCAAGUUCAAAAUCCAUGUACUCCUCAGACCACAUACAAAGUUGCUGUAUCAAGAACUAAGGACAUUCCACCCUUUGGUCCAUUCAUACCAAAAGAAAAUGUUUUUCCCAAAUCUGCCACCUUCAGGGACUUUUUAUUAGCAAAAGCAAUUAAUGCAGAAAAUGCAGCAGAAAAAUCUGAGAAGUUCUACACUAUGGCUACCCGCACACGGCAGGAGUAUCUGAAAGACCUAGCCACCAACUGUGUGACCACAACAACCAUAGACUCCUCUACCAAGUUCACAAUGAUCUCAUUAGGAGUGAAGAAAAAAGAGAAAUCAAAAGUUGGGAAAGGGGCAGAAUUAUAUAGUGGUGGAGCCAUUGUAUGGAAUGUUAUGGUUCGUGAUGUCCGCCGCAAUGCAGACUUGUUGUGCUUGUUAGGAAUUUCUUUCCAGUUUCUGAUUUUGAUUGAACAGAGGUACCGUAGGGUUGUGUUUAACUGCUCCUGUCAGGAUGUACUUGCUUGGACAUUUUCUGAAACAACAAUGGACGUGUUUUAUGGAAAAGGAGGGUACAUUUCCUUGAAGGUUGCUGAAGGUCAGGAGGAAGAUAUCAAAGAGAUUGUUCAAAGAUUACAGAUAGUAACUAGAGGGUGUGAAACUCGAGAACUGACCCUAUUACGCAAUGGAGUUGGACAGCUUGGCUUCCAGGUAGAUGCUGAAGGCAUUGUCACAGAGGUGGAGAAGUACUCGUUUGCUGAAACAAGUGGUUUACAGAUAGGAGCUCGUAUAGUUAGGGUUUGUGAACAGCCCGUCAUAUCGCUCACCCAUCCACAAAUGAUGCAGCUACUACGAACUGCUGUUAAAGCAAAGAUAACUGUCAUCCCCCCAGAAGAAAAUGGAAAACCAAGAAGGAGUUUUUCAGAGUUGUACUUGAAGUCGAUACAAGAAAAGUACCCAAAGAGUGAAAUCACUGUGGUAGAACCCAAGAAUCAGAACCAUGCGGAUGAGACCUUGAUGAAGCCUCAACUUCUCCAGCUUCUAAGAGCGGUUUCCCUACAGGAACCUCCAAAGCACUCUUUACCUGAGGAGAGGACAGAAUUUCUCCGUAGUUACUCUGAUAAAGUAUCUGAGAGAUCAAAGUGUCAGAAUUCACCACUUGUAAUAGACUCAACCCCAGAUGUGAUCUUAACUGCAACGGUCAAACCCAAUAGGAUUCAAGGUUUCACUGCUGAGAAAUUGGGUCCCCUUCAUGGUGUCCAGCAGGAUCAGAUCCAAACUGAGGCAAAAUUCUUCCCUGCAGAAAGAAGUCAAGGCUCACCUCCUGCACUGACAAACCAUAAUGAUCAUGUAUCAACAACAUCCAAGUCGACAACACCUGAGGUUUUAAACACUGGAAAAUGUAUUCCUGGGACAACACUUGACAUCAGAACAUCCCUCACAAAAAUGCUUGAGAACUCGGAGGCGGCAGACGAUGAAUGGCAGACCAUAUCAGAGCUGUACAGUGCUUGUAGCAGUAUUCUAGAAGCUUUGAACAAAGAAGGAAAAACACUUCCUGAUCAAGUUGAAAGCCGUGGGGAAGGCUCCUCAAUGACCUCACAUAGGGACUGCUCUCAGCACGAACCUUAUCAUGAGGAUUCCCAUACCAGAAUGUGUGACAAGGUGACUCAACUGGAAAACAGACUGAAAAAGCUUCAGGAAGACCUUCAGAAGGAAAAAGAGGACAAAGCUGUACUACAAGCGGAAGUGCAGAACCUGCGUCAGAACAACCAGCGACUACAGGAGGAGUCGCAGACUACCGUUGCUCGACUCAUCAAAGUGACAGAACUGCUUUGUAGCAUCAGUGCCAAACCGUUAUGAUCAAAGGGCAAAAACAGAGUGACAUUAAAUAUUAAAAAGGAUGAAAUGUGAAUAUCAGUGGAAAUAAACUUCUAUACUGGUGAAACUGGAAUAACUAUUGGUGCAUAACAAAAUACUGGCUGGCCAUACACUGGGUGAGCUCUUACAGUCAUUUGGGUGGUGGCUAUUGAUAGGAGCCCUAAGUUGUCAUUACUAUGUUGCUAAUCAUCCCAAUUAGUGUCCCCUGUUCUGUUGCCUUGCUGACCUACAUGUGUUCAUUUCAUCAGCAAAACAUCAGGUAAUGCACAAAGUUUCACCAUAAACUUGAUGCUGGUGACUCACAUUUUGUAACACUCCUUCACUUAUGCAUCAACUGGUUAACAGACCAGUGGACAAUGCAGUCAUAGUUUUGCUAGGUAUAAACUUAAGGCAGCAGCAAUUCCUGUUCCUAAUAGAUUUUGGAAGCCACAGCUGCAAAUUUUGCUUAGUAUUUUAUGCCUUAGCCAAGAUGUAGCCAUUGUUUUGAAUCAAGCCAAAUAUGAGCCUUAAGUAAUGAUGAAGUUAACGACUUAUAACCGUGGUCAUUAUUGUUUCGCUAGUUGCUUGAUUUCCUUCUUUGUUUAGCCGUAUUUGCAGCGCAAUUACUUACAACAGGAAGAUAAUCCGUACAUGUGUUUAAGGAUAACACCAGGCAGCUUUCAUGGUUCUAAUGUUAGUACCCUGCAACUAGCAGAACUUCUGGGCUCUGCAUUUCUAUUUAAAUGUUUUUUGUUUUUUUCUCAUAGUUUAAUAUGCAGCUGGCAUUGGAUUUGCUACCAAAUGUUAACAUGCAGGCAAAUUCUAGGACUAUUUUUUUAAGUUUAUUUUCACUACAACAAUGACAUAUCUUAGUCCACGUGUGUCUUGUUGGUGUGCUGCUUAAAUAUGAAAUCAUUUAUCCCACUCUCUGACUUAGUGUAAUGUGCUCCGCAGAAAGGUUAGGGGUUCCCUAAAUACUUUGGGGAAGUCUGAGCCAUUUCUGUGAACCAAAAGCUGCUACAGGUAACAAGGCAAGCUGCUGCUGGCUCUUAUCCUAGGGGUGAUACAAGUGUGCAACAUUCAUGUUGCAAAGAGUACACAACAUACAUUGGUACAUUAUCGCAAGGCCUACAUAACCCCCAGUGCCAGAGUAUGGACCAUAAGUAGUAAAGCAAUCAAAAAUGUCCAGCACUCUAGCCUUUGAUUAAAUGUAUUCUUUACUAGAUGUUUCCAUGAAGUACUUUUUGCUGAUGUGAAAAAAAAAUAGCUCCAUCUUAGGGUCAUAACAAAAGACAACAUGAAGCUGAAAUUACAAAUUAUGGCAAAAAAUUACAGCUCAGUCAUAGAUUUUAGAAAAAAUAAUGCAGUUGAAACAUCAAGAUGUAGAAAGGAGAUGCAACAAUGAAAUGGGAGCUACAGAGAGAUCUCUGUAUCUAUAUUUGAGAUGCCAAGACUUUUUUGAAUACACAGAACAAAUCUUAAAUGUUAAUUCGGUAUCGGAUUGCUAACUAUUUAAUGUUGUAUACAUUCAUUUACAAAAUUCUCUCUAAACAAUGUGCGCCGCACUCCCCCCCCCCUCCCCGAGUAUUCCCAC